AAAAUAUAAGCAAGCCUCGUAUAAUUCAAUAGGAUAGAUAGACUUUAUUUUUUUAAAUAUCUCUCCCCUUGAAAUUGCAGAAACGUCCAAGAUGCUCCCAUCAUGAGCUUCCUUUGAAACAGAAGAGAUAUCAUUUUCAUUUGCAGCUGAAAUUACAGAAGCUCUUUUUUUGGGGGGUGAGGCUAGAAAGAAACCAACCAACCAAGCAACCACACAGACAGACAUGGCUGAAUCUUCUUCCACUAUUGCCAAGCCCAAUAUAGACUUAGGAUCCAAAACUGUCCAAGAGCUGCUCCUGCUUGCCAAAGGGGAACAAGAAGUGCCUGAGAAAUAUAUCUAUAAAGUUGGAGCCCCAGAUGCAUCUUCUGUCCAGUUGAAGGAUAUUCCAGUAAUUGAUCUUGGCCUGCUCCUCACACCUUCCUCAACCACUCAACAACUUGAGAAUUUUCGAUCAGCUCUUACCACAUGGGGUUGCUUUCAGGUAAUAAACCAUGGCAUGACACCUGAAUUCCUAGACGAGGUCCGCGAAAUGACAAAACAAUUUUUCGCACUUCCACUGGACGAGAAGCAGAAAUACUUGAGAGAAGUCAACGAUAUUCAAGGAUAUGGGAACGAUAUGGUUAUUUCUCAACAACAAACACUUGAUUGGACUGACCGGCUAUACCUUUCUGUGUAUCCACAAGAGGCUCGAAAGCUCAAAUUGUGGCCUCAAAAUCCCCAAUCUUUGAGGGGAACCUUAGAACAAUAUUCGAGGAAGUUACAAGUGGUAACAAAAACUGUCCUUGUGGCCAUGGCGAGGUCAUUGAAUUUGGAUGACAAUUGCUUUUGGGAGCAGUAUGGAGAAAAAGGGAAAAUGGAUGUGAGGUUUAACUUAUAUCCUCCUUGUUCAAGGCCUGAUGUUGUCCUAGGUCUCAAACCACAUGCAGAUGGAACAAUAAUCACCCUUCUCUUGCAAGACAAACAAGUCGAAGGCCUUCAGUUUCUUAAAGACGAUCAGUGGUUUAGAGCUCCCAUUGUUCCUGAGGCGCUUCUCAUUAAUGUCGGUGAUUUGGCAGAGAUAUUGAGCAAUGGAAUAUUCAAGAGCCCUCUACACAGGGUAUUGACAAAUCCAGACAAGGAGAGGAUUUCUUUGGCUGCUUUCUGCUUGCCUGAAUUAGAUAAAGAGACUGAACCUUUUGAAAGCCUAGUCAAUGAGUCAACGCCAAAAUUGUACAAGAAGGUGAAAAAUUAUGAUCGCACAUAUUUCGACUACUACCAGCAGGGGAGGAGACCAAUUGAAGCAUCAAAAAUUUAAACUUACCCUUUAUUUCUCUCUCUUAACCUUGUAUAUAAAUAUAUAUAUAUAUAUAUAUUUAUGGGGUGGAUCUUGGCACUCUAUUUGUUACGUUUUCUUUCUGUUUGAGGUAAUUAAC